AACCUCUCUCUUUCUUUCUUUCUUUUUGCUUUGCGAUCAGAUAAUCUUGUAAUUCAGUUCAUUUAUCUAUCCCCUCACCUGAUCUAUUUUCUUUUCCGCCUCGCACUUCCUCUGCCCUGUAAUCUUUGUCUGUGGCACUUCCUCUGCAGCCCUGUACUCUGUGCUUCAUACAACCAAAUUUCAAACAAAUCUGGCAAGAGGGAGCAGACUUAUGCAACAGAGGAGGGGAGGAGGGUCGCCUUGUCGUCCCCUGAGGAAAGAGACAGUUUAGUGAGACAACUGCAGUGAGAACUUCAGUUUGACUCUGAUGGAAAAUAAGUUCCUAUCAGAAGAAGUGUGUGUACUGCAAUAUUUUUGUGUCCUUGAGGAGCUGUGGUGUGGGGACUGACUGAGUUCAUGUAUGUUCUGUCCUGUUCUCCCACUACAGGAAAUAUUCUGAGUGAUUCAAUUACUCUGCAAUAUUUAUCUCAGUGUCAUGCUCUGCAGGGAAACAGUCUGCACCAUCAAGCCUCCUGCAGGGCAGGUCCAGGAAGAGGAGAAAAACUUGCUGCUUGAAUCUCCUUUUGAACAAAGCUGUCAGUCUGUUAAAGAGCCCUGUGACGUCCCCUGUGCUGCUGAAGAACCUUUUGUUUUCCCUCGCACCCGUUCACGCCCCUCGCUGCCCCCCAGCAUGCCAACACUGCCUGAGGAAGAGGAGGACUCACCCGAGGAGCUGGACAGUUCCUCCAGCUCUCCCAGUACAUCUAACCCGGGUGAAAAUCGACCUGUCACCAUGACUGCCCCCACUAUUGUCUACCCACAGCAGGCCACUAUAGUCCAGCCAGAUGGAGGUCCACUAGAGCUGUCCAGACCACACAGUCCAAGAGCUCGCCUGGCAAGAAAAUCGUCUGCUGGACCCAUCACCACUGUUGACAGCACAGGUAACGUGAUCGACUUGGUGAAAGAUCCGCUACCUGAGCUGCAGCUCUCUGAGGAAGAUCGACAGAAGAACCUGGACCUGCUCGAACAGGCCAAGAAGGUCAGCGACCGCUUCCUGACACGCCGUGGCCGCCGCUCCACCGGCAGCCUCUCAGAAUCCCCCACAGCUCUUUCUCCAACUCCAACCCCGUCGUCCUCACCAUGUCAAUCUAGAAGCAGCUCACUGACUGUGGCUCCUCAACCAGAGGCGACCCAUGUCAACUCACAGUCAGCUGGGCAGCACCUUGGGGUGCCUCCGGGGCGAGAACAGCAUGACUUUACAUCACAGGAUAAAGAGUUUCAGGGAAACAGACUGUUGAUGGACUGGAAGCCAGCUGAGAAGCGGAAAGUGUCCUCUGGGACUCUAACGCCCCGUUUUGCUGUUCAGAAGGAGAACUGUGAUCCUUCUCUACCUAAGAGUCCUUCAGCUUUUAGUAAAGCAGACGAAGGAGCUGGUCCAGGGCUUAACCUCAACCAGGCCCCAGCCACAGGGGUGGCCAAGCCCGUCCCUCGACCCCCUACUCAACUGGCCCCCUGUACAGCAGAGAUCAAGACAAUUGGGGCAUUCCCUCCUCUAAUGAGGGCUGUUUCCUGGGAUGCUGUAGGCAGCCUUAACUCUAGAAAUGGAGCCCCAAGUUUUCCUCCGACAUUGGAGGAAACCUUCGUGGAAAAUCCCAGGGAAGCUGUGUUUAAGUCAUCAGGAGGGUACAAGGACCUCCCCAGCCAGUCCGGGAGUGUACAUAAACUCUCUAAACUCAAAGAGGAGCACAAGCUGAUGCGUACCCCAAGCAUUCUGGGAUCAAAGUUACCAGACUUGAGUGAAGCUGCUGAACAGGAAAAAGCAGGUCCUUCAUCUUCAACAAACUCAGAGGAAGCAAAAGAGAAGUCUGAAGCCAUGCCAAACAUUUCUGACGUGAUGCUGAGAAAACUCAAACUUCACCGAGGUUUACCAGGCUGUGCACCCCCACUCACUGAAAAAGAAGUCGAGAAUGCAUUCGUGCAGCUGUCUCUGGCCUUCCGUAAUGACAACUACACCCUGGAGAUGCGGCUCAAACAGGCAGAGAGGGAGAGGAACCUGACUGAGGAAGACACGGAGAAAGAGCUCAAGGAGUUCAAAGGAGCCCUAAAGAUCACUGCGCCACAGUGGCAGAACCUGGAGCAGCGUGAGUCGUACCAGCGCCUCAUAGAGACUCUGACCGUGCUGCAUCGACUGGCCACACGGCUCUCCAGCAGAGCAGAGAUAGUUGGAGCAGUCCGACAGGAGAAACGUAUGAACAAGGCCACUGAGGUCAUGAUGCAGUAUGUAGAAAACCUGAAGAGGACAUAUGAGAAGGACCACGCAGAGCUGAUGGAGUUUAAGAAGCUGGCCAACCAGAACUCUACUCGCUGUUAUGGAGGAUCUGUAGACACAGGAGAUGAUGGCGUUCCACGGCCGUCAAGAUCAAUGUCACUCACACUUGGAAAGGCAUUGCCCAGGCGUAGGGUGAGCGUAGCUGUGGUGCCUAAGUUUAACCUCCUGAACAUCCCAGGUCAGACCCCGGCCACAGCCGGCCCGGGCCCCAUCACAGGACCAAACAUAGGACCAAACGCAGGACCAAUCACAGGACCAAACAUAGGACCCACAGCUGGUGCUGCUCUUCCUGUCCUGUGUGAAGCAAGUGAUGUGAAAGGCACUACUCCAACAGCGGCAGCACAACCUGCAGUAGAAAGUGGAAAGAGUGUGUCGGUGCAGGAAAGUGAGCCAGCCAAACCUGCAGUCAACUUAGAGGAGAUCAGAGCCGAGAUCAGAGCCGAGCUAAAGGCUAAGAUCGAGGAGGAGUCAUAUAAUAAAGGCUACCAAGAGGGACUGAAGCAAAGUAAAGUGCUACAGGAGGAGAAAGGUGAAGAAGAAAACCCUGCAGAGAAAUUGCUGGAUAUGAAAAAUAAGGAUGAAGAGAGUGGGAAGAAGAUAAAGACGAGCAGGAGGAUGCAGGAAGUCAUCUUUCUUCUUGGUCGGGUUUGUCCGAAGAUUCCUGUGAGUCGAAGACUUCUCUGGAUCGCCCUCACGCUGUUCGUGGUGAUGUGUCUGGUUAUCAGUAUUUUUACCUUCUUCAGCGACAAAUACAGCAGACGUGAGGACACGUAAGCGAAUGAGGAGUUUAUGCGAGGGGAGAGAUGAAGACGUUUGGACUGAAGUGUAAAACCUCAAAAAACCACAAUAACAGAGACAACAGGAACCACCUGUCUGUCAGUUUACCAGAUCGCCACUCUCGGACUGACUUGAAUCUGUGACCCCGACUCUUCAGGGUUGAAGACUUUCUUUGGAGGUUUUAUGAAAUGUUGCCUUUGUAAGUUUAACAGCAAUAAUGAUGAUGAUGAUGAUCUUGUUUGACCGGGAACAUUUGAAGAUUGUUUGCUACAGCUCGGAAAAAAAAACAUUUUUGUUUAGGGACCAAAACUUUCCAUUUAAAACCACAAUAGAAAUGUGUAUUUUAAUCUGCACUCGAUUGUGAAAAUAUAAUCUCUCAGGUCCAAUAGAAGCUAAAGCCUAACUAAAGAUACUGAAGUCAUAUUUAAAGAUAUAGAAAAUAAAUGUGUCAUUUCUAUCAUGUGUAUUUAUAUAUUUUAAAAUAUAGCACAUUCCAAAGUAGUGCAAUAUUUUGCAGUCGAUGGUUGUAGUUUGUGUUAUUUUGGAUUGUGUCUUCAGAGCACUGAGAUAUUUUCUGUAUGAAUGAGAGCACUGUUAAAAUGGCCUUUUUAAAACCUUCUAAGCACAUGUGUGCCUUCCUGUGGUAUUUGUUCUCUGUAGAUUGUAUGCUCUGCCACUUCACCUUUUAAUAAAGGUGCCUGAAAACA